UCAGCAGCGCAGGCUUGCCUCCCCUCCUCUUGGGUCCCUGUGCAAACUUUUCUUCGGGGUGGGCUGGCUGGUGGCGGAGGGAGCUGGCGGCGCGCGCCACGGCCAGCCCGCCUCUCCCUGCCCUCCUCUGCCUGCCUGGGCUUGUCGCCCCCUCCCUCGCUCGCUCGCUCUCCCUCUCCGCUCUAAGAAGGAUGCCUGCGGAAUGAAUGAGCGUCCCCCGGGCUGCCGCUGCUAUUGCUGCUGCUCCCAGCAUUCUGGCUGUGGCAGGCGGGCGUGCAAAAAGUCUAACUGACUAGAGUGGUCCCUGCAGUGACUGAAUGAAGGAGAGUCUGAGGGAGGAGGAGGUGGCGAGUAGCAGCCCAGCAGCCCCGGGAUCAGCAUGCAGCCUUCCGCCAGCAUUCUCAACCUCUUGCUGUUGGCUCUCCUGGCUGGGCUGGAUUCUUCCAAGACUCAAAUUAGUCCCAAAGAAGGGUGGCAAGUCUAUAGUUCAGCCCAAGACCCAGACGGGCGAUGUAUUUGCACUGUGGUUGCACCAGAACAAAACCUCUGCUCCAGAGACGCCAAAAGCAGGCAGCUUAGACAGUUGCUCGAGAAGCAGAGAAGAGGCAGGGAGUGGCACAGAAGUCACAACACAGGUUCAGAAUAUGUCUCAGUCCAUUGAAGUUUUAAACCUACGGACUCAGAGGGAUUUCCAGUAUGUUUUAAAAAUGGAAACACAAAUGAAAGGGCUGAAGGCCAAGUUCCGGCAAAUUGAAGAUGACCGGAAGACCUUAAUGACAAAGCAUUUUCAAGAAUUGAAAGAAAAGAUGGAUGAGCUCCUGCCACUGAUACCAGUUCUGGAACAGUACAAAACUGAUGCCAAGUUAAUCACCCAGUUCAAGGAGGAAAUUAGAAAUCUGUCUUCAGUUCUCACUGGGAUCCAAGAGGAAAUUGGUGCCUAUGAUUAUGAGGAACUACAUCAGCGAGUACUCAAUUUGGAAACCAGACUUCGAGUCUGCAUGAAAAAACUUACAUGUGGCAAACUGAUGAAAAUCACUGGCCCUAUUACAGUCAAGACAUCUGGAACUCGGUUUGGAGCAUGGAUGACAGAUCCAUUAGCAUCAGAGAAAAACAACAGAGUCUGGUACAUGGACAGUUAUACCAACAACAAAAUAGUCCGUGAAUACAAAUCAAUAGCAGACUUUGUCAGUGGAGCUGAGUCAAGGACAUAUAAUCUCCCUUUCAAGUGGUCAGGAACCAACCAUGUGGUUUAUAAUGGGUCUCUCUACUUUAACAAAUACCAGAGCAACAUUAUCAUCAAGUACAGCUUUGAUACUGGGCGGGUGCUUGCUCAGCGUAGCCUGGAGUAUGCAGGUUUUCACAACGUGUACCCAUACUCCUGGGGUGGCUUCUCAGAUAUCGACCUGAUGGCAGAUGAAAUUGGCUUGUGGGCCGUAUACGCGACCAACCAGAAUGCAGGCAACAUUGUCAUUAGUCAACUGAACCAGGAUACUUUGGAAGUGAUGAAAAGCUGGAGCACAGGAUACCCAAAGAGAAGUGCUGGGGAAUCCUUUAUGAUCUGUGGCACCUUGUAUGUCACCAAUUCUCACUUAACCGGAGCCAAGGUCUACUACUCAUACUCCACAAAAACCUCCACGUACGAAUACACAGACAUACCCUUUCAUAAUCAAUACUUUCAUAUAUCCAUGCUUGACUACAAUGCCAGAGAUAGGGCUCUGUAUGCCUGGAAUAAUGGACACCAGGUCCUCUUCAACGUCACUCUUUUCCACAUCAUUAAAACAGAAGAUGACACAUAAACUCUACGUUGAUUUUGGCCACCUCAAAGCAGUGUCAUGUACGCUGAACUCAAAAGUAUCCUGCUGGGUUUCUUUUAAGUUCUUUUUUCAGUAUGAAUAAAAUAAAAGCUUUUUCUACAGUAUAAUGUAUUCCAAAUAUGGCGGAGCCUUUCUUUAAAAUGACCUGGUUGGAAUUACAGGUAUCUUUCUUAACUCUACACAAGGCCUGCCAUGACUUUGUCAUGGAAAGCACUAAAGUUGAUUUCAGUGGCUAAAGACAUUGUUUAAAAACAAGAUUAAUGAUCUGCCUUAUAUUAGAGUCAGAGACUAAUGGUGGCUUAACUGCAUGAAUGUCUUUUUAUACCAUACAUCAUUUUUUUUAAAAAAAAUCUGGCCAAUUGCUCAACAUCAAAAUAUAUUUGGACAUUAAAUUGAAACAGAAUGUGCAUCAAUCAUCUUUGGUUAAAAAAAAACAAACCUUCCAAAGUUGAAUAUUUCAGAUAUUGAUUUCUUUAGGGGUGACAAAAUUUAAAAUACUGUUGGCUGUUACACAAUUUCAGAUGCGGUGCUGUACAGUCUGUUUUUAAACCUCUUGCAAGCAAUUUCUCGAUAUGUAUUUAUACCAUUGUGUCCACCAUUGUGCAAUUGUAUCUCUUCACUUCUGUGAAAUUCAACUAUUUUUUAUAAAAUACAUUGAAGUUUCAUCACA